GGUACAUACACCAUGAGACACAUGAGACUCAAGGAUGCUAAGCUGAAAAGAAAGCGCCUGAGAAAUGCACAACCAAGUGUCAAAAGAAGAAGACUGCAACUAAAAGCUGAAAGGCAAUCUAAGAAUGCCUCACAGUCUGUUCUUGAAGGAGAUACAUAUAAGCCAAAUAUAUGCUUAGAGGCUGAAGAAAACCUAGAUAUAGAUGAUAUUCAACUGGAUGCCCCUGUUGACCAUCUGCAUACACAUCCAUUGGUGUUCUUUGAUUUGGAAAUAGUCGGAUUAGGUUUAACAUCUGAUAUACUUCAAAUUGCUGCAAAAUGCAAAGAAAAGGAGUUCUCAGUGUAUGCCUUGCCUACUCGCUCCAUCAGCAAGGAAGCGUCUGAAGCAACCUCUUUGACCUUCGAUGGAAACAACCUCUGCUACAAGGGAGAAGCAGUCACUGCAUUUCCUCCAUCUGAAACACUCACCAAGUUUCUUACAUUUUUAGACGCGGAUACUCUAAAGAUUUCCAAGAAAUUAUUGAAAGUUAUCCAGCUUCCAAACUACAAGCAAGAGACAUUGGUUCAGAAUCUAUUAGGAGAAGAAUAUGAGGCUCAUAAUGCGAUGGCAGAUGUGACAGCAUUAGAAAAGUUAUAUUACUCUAAGUUGUGUCUGUCAGAAAUGAAUAUAAUUGUUGGAAUGUUGUUUAGUCCGAUCAAUUUGGAACUAGAGGAGUCCAGAUAG